UCUAAAAAGUUUUUUUACAUUAAAGUAUUAACGUAUUUAUAGGUAUUCAUCAAUAUUCUCACAUAGUAGAAGCCAAAGCCUAGUUCAAUUCUUUGAGAAAAAAGACUAUUCACGACAAUGGUUCAUGACUCAAGUGAUCUUGAAAUUCCAAUGAAGCUUCAGGGGAAAUGGAGUGCAAUGGCUAUGUGUUGGCUAUUUGGAUUGGGUACUUUACUAUCUUGGAAUAUAGUUUCAACCAUAGGUGACUACUUUUAUGAACUAUUCCCGAAUUAUCAUCCUGCAAGGGUACUUACCCUGGUUUAUCUGCCAUUUUCCCUAGCAACUAUUUCGAUUUUUUUGUAUCACCAAUCAAGAAUUGAUACUAGGAAGCGUAAUAUUACAGGAUACAUUCUUUUCUUUGCGAGUAACUUCAGCCUACUUGUGUUAGAUUUAGCAACUUCAGGAAAUGGUGGAAUAUGGAAGUAUAUUGGGAUGUGUAUCUUGAUUGCCAUUUCUGGUAUUGCUGAUGCUCAUGUGCAAGGAGGAAUGAUUGGAGAUUUGGCAUUAAUGUGCCCAGAAUUUAUCCAAUCAUUUGUUGCUGGUUUGGCGGCUUCAGGAGCUCUUACCUCUAUUUUAAGGCUGACUACAAAAGCUGCAUUUGAAAACGUUGAAAAUGGGCUACGCACAGGGGCAUUGGUAUUCCUUGCCAUAUCUACGCUUUUUGAGUUUUUGUGCAUUAUACUAUACGCGUUUUUCUUCCCAAACUUGCCUAUUGUGAAAUACUAUCGUGCAAAAGCAGCUCGAGAAGGCUCAAAAACUGUUUCUUCAGACCUUAGCGCCGUUGGAAUUCAAAUGGAAUUUGAUCAACAUCUUUUGCCAUCUGGACAGGUAGAAAACGACGCUAAACCUUCAAAAAGAUUGAGCAUCAAACAGCUUUUCUUAGAAAACUUCGAUUACACUAUGGAUUUGUUUUUGAUUUGUGUCGUGACACUGUCAAUUUUCCCAGGGUUCUUAUACGAAAACACAGGAUCACAUCAACUUGGAACAUGGUACCCGCUUGUUCUAGUGACAACGUAUAAUGUAUCUAACUUAAUAUCAAGAUACAUUCCUUUAAUCCAAUAUCUAAAGCUGGAAUCACGAAAAGGACUUGUGAUCUUUGUAUUAUCUCGAUUUUUGCUUAUUCCUGCAUUCUAUUUCACCUCAAAAUAUGGCGAUCAAGGAUGGAUGAUUGCGCUUGUGUUUAUUCUUGGAUCAACUACUGGUUAUCCCACAGUAUGUGUCAUGACAUUAGCCCCUCGAAUAUAUAAGGGUCCAGAGAAAAAUGCGUUAGGAAAUUUACUCGUGCUUUCACUUCAAAGUGGCAUACUUAUUGGUGUUGCUCUCGACUGGUUGUGGAUUAUCGGUAAUGGAAACUUUUAACACGGUGUUUGUAGAUCUUGGAUGAGCUCCUAUAAUCAUAUACUUAUUGGUGUUGCUCUCGACUGGUUGUGGAUUAUCGGUAAUGGAAACUUUUAACACGGUGUUUGUAGAUCUUGGAUGAGCUUCUGUAAUCAUUGUUCUGCUUGAUGAAUCAUUUUUUGAGAUGACAUACAAGUACUCUCUGUUAAGUUUGUGAAAGCUUUCACUUUAGACGAGUCAAUUUGUUCUAGUUAGUUUCUAAGUGCCUAAGAAGAGAGAACCAUUUCUAUAUCUUUAUUUUAUUUUAUUUUUAUAUGGAAUAAACAUACAUGUUAACUGACAAACGUUAUACACGGUAAGAAUACA